AUGGGGAUUGGGGUGUGGUUCAAGAACCGCCGCGCCAAGUGCCGGCAGCAGGCGCAGCAGAACAGCCAGAACGGCUCGAGCACCACGACCACCAGCACCAGCACGAGCAGCACCAACGGCACGGCCACCACCAUCACCACCACGCCCGCCGCCAACAACAACGACAGCACCAAGGCCGCCGCCCCGCGCCCCAAGAAGAUCAAGAGCCCCAGCACGCCCUCGCCGCCCCCGCCCGUCAUCAAGACCUCCCCGCGCCCCGCCUCGCCCGCUUACAAGCCUCCGUCAGUGUCCCCCGCCUCAGCACACACGCCGCCCAACACCACGCCCACGCCCACGCCCACACACACCUACGGUUCCUUCCAGUCGGCCCCGGCAACGACAGACCACACCAACAGCUACUCCUCGCUGUGGGCGCCCGCCGGCCUGCGGCCCAUGGGCGACCUGCACGUGUCCACAGCCAACUGCAUGCAGACGCCCUCAUACCACAUGGCGAGCAGCAAGAGCCCGGGAUCCUCAUGGAACCAGAACUACGGCCCCGCUUCCUACUACGGCAACAUGAGCAUGGAAUACCUGCCCCACCACAUGGGCGCCCACGCACAGUUCACGCCCGUCAGUAACCACAUGGGCGGCUUCCAGCAGAUGGGCGGCCACAUGAUGGGCUCCCACAGCAUGAUGAGCAGUCAGCACUACACGCGGCCCGCUGCCGUCACGCCCGUGCAGGGAGUCACGGCCCCCGGCUCGCAAGACUGCAUGGACUUCGGGGAGAAGUUCCAGGUCCUCUGAAAGCUGUCCGCGUCACCGCUGCUGCCGCCCGGCGUCGACGGGGCCGCCGCUGCAGGACGCCGACGGGUCGCCCUGCCAGCCUGCCAAGGGCGUCGCGCUGGGCCGUAUUCGGAGCCGCCCUCCGCCGGCCUGCGGAUCUCUGCCACGCUGGCGGCGGGGGCGGAGGAUACUUGGCCUCACAGGAGCGGGUGAACACGCCGAGCGCCGCCGGGGCUCAACGCAGGCCGGCGGAGCGACGCCGGUGAAAGGGUCGCCACUCUCUCCUCGCUCACUCGCGGUGAGUUCUCAGGAGCCAGAUGGGUUUCUCCGGGUUGUCAUCCUCGACCCACUACCUCCUUCGACAGUGUCCGUCAACAUCUUUCCUCGCGUGAAGCGAAA